UGAAUCAAUUCUAAAAAUAUCAUUUUAAUUACAAUAAUCCAAUUAAUGAUAUUAUUUGGACAUUUCUAUUAAUAAUAAUUGUGUACACUUUUAAAGUGAGAUCACAUAUUAUGAACAAAAUGAGUGAAGUGACAGAGAAUGUGAAUAACAAUAACAUUCAUAUCUACGAAAAAGUAAAAGUCGUGUUUUUAGGGGAACAGAGUGUCGGAAAGACAUCUCUUAUAACUCGCUUUAUGUACGACUCGUUUGAGACUUCAUAUCAGGCGACCAUCGGUAUUGACUUCUUAUCGAAAGUGAUGUCCACUCCGGACAGGACUAUAAGACUUCAGUUGUGGGACACCGCAGGACAGGAGCGCUUCAGGAGUUUGAUUCCCAGCUAUAUUAGGGACUCUGGAGUUGCUGUCAUUAUAUACGAUAUAACGAAUUUACAAACUUUCAAUCAGUUGGAGAAGUGGGUGACUGACGUGAGGGCCCAGAGGGGCGAU